ACUGUCAUAGCCCAAAAGUAUUUAAAGGUCUUAACUUGUAGCUUGUCUGUGAAACACAAAGGCACAGCGAACAGAAGCUUUCUUCCUCCAGACUGCUUUGCCACAUUUCUUCUGCCAGUGAACUGAGAUGCCUGUAGAGAUGCGGUCAAUCAGAGACAGAUCUGCAGUGGGUCGGUUUCCAUCUGUCACACUCGGAUCUGGGGUAGACACAGAGGAAGAAAAGGAAGAGCCAGAAGAAAACAAUGCUGAGAAAGAAAAUGCAUGUCGGCGGUGGCUGCGUAAGAUCUGUCCGUGCUGCUGUCCCAAGAGAAAAGACGAUGACAUCACAGACACUCUGGUCACAGUGAUUGAUGAUAAUAUAGAAGGGACAAAUGGCAAGAAGCCUGUGACUGGUGACAGCAAUCUUGAUGAACUCCUCCUGAAAGUGCGAUCAAUAGACCUGAUGAAAAGCAAAUCAGGGGAGAACCGCACAGAGCACCAAACAAAUCUCUACCAAAGUGAUGACUUUAUUAUUCGCAGAGGACAGAAUUUCCAGAUGUGGAUUACCCUGUCCCGACCUUUUAAUCCCAACACUGACAAACUUCACCUUGAACUUAAAACAGGGCCACUGCCAACAGUGUCAAAGGGAACCCAUGUCAUCAUCCCUUUGGUAGAGGAGUUGGAGGAUGGUCGUUGGGAGGCUGCUGUUGUGAAACAGGAUGACAAAAGGAUAAAGCUGUCAGUGAAUUCUCCACCCACAACGGUCAUUGGCCGAUAUCAACUCACAGUGGAAACACAUUGUCCAAAUGGCCAGGCUGUUUCCACACAUGACCCUGCUAAUGAUAUCUACAUGUUGUUCAACCCCUGGUGUGAAGAUGACACAGUGUUUAUGGAUUCUGAAGACGAGAGGCAAGAGUAUGUCCUGAACGAUGUCGGACGAAUCUACUAUGGCACACAGAAUCAGAUUGGAGUGCGGACAUGGAACUAUGGACAGUUUGAUGAUGGGAUUCUUGCUGCUUGCCUCUUUGUCCUGGAAAAGAGUGGAACUCCUCCGUCUGGUUGGGGAGACCCGGUUAAUGUGGUGCGAGUCAUCUCAGCCAUGAUCAACUCCCCAGAUGACCGUGGUGUCCUGGAGGGAAACUGGUCAGGGGACUAUUCAAGUGGAACUACUCCAACAGUUUGGAGUGGAAGUGUGGAAAUCCUGAAGCAAUACCAUAAAACUAGCGGCACCCCCGUUAAGUAUGGCCAGUGCUGGGUCUUUGCUGGCCUAGUCACUUCAGUUUUACGGAGUUUAGGCAUUCCCAGUCGAACUGUGACCAACUUCAGCUCAGCUCAUGACACAGACGUCUCCUUGACAACAGAUGUAUACCUGGAUGAGAACCUGGAGCCUAUAGAUUACCUCAAUGCCGACUCUGUCUGGAACUUCCAUGUGUGGAACGACUGCUGGAUGGCUCGUCCAGACUUGCCUCCAGGCAAUGGAGGCUGGCAAGCUGUCGACGCCACACCUCAGGAGACCAGCCAGGGCACCUUCCGCUGUGGCCCUGCUCCUCUCGCUGCUGUCCGCAAUGGUCAGGUCUACCUCAAACAUGACUCUUCGUUUGUGUUCGCUGAGGUGAACAGUGAUAAAAUCUACUGGCAGAGGAAGGUAGAUGGGACCUUCACUCAAAUCUACAUUGAGAAAGGGACUGUGGGCUUCUUCAUCAGCACAAAGGCUGUUGGCUCUGAUGAACGCAGUGAUAUCACACACCUUUACAAAUACCCUGAAGACACAGAGGAGGAACGCAUUGCUGUGGAAACAGCAUGUAGGUAUGGCUCCAAAGCAAAGGCCUAUUCCUCUCCCACAGCAGAGGACGUCUCUGUAGAGGUGACCAUGGAUGGUGAAGGUCUUAAAAUGGGAAGAGACGCAGAGCUGACCAUCGUAUUGCGAAACAGCAGCUCAGAGCAACGCAAGGUCAUCCUGCACAGCCAGGUGGCAGUCAUGUAUUACACCGGUGUCCACAAGGCCACAUUCAAAAAGGACAGGACAGACUUUGACAUGCUGCCCAACGAGGUAAUGAUUUUGGAGUGGACCCUGGAGUACAAAGACUACAAGGACCAACUGAUAGACCAGGCUGCCCUGAUGCUGACACUGUCAGGCAGGGUCAAAGAAACACAGCAGGUCCUGGCCACUCAGUUCAGUUUCCGACUCAGGACCCCAGACCUUAUCCUAAAGCCAAUCGGGAAGGCCGAGGUAGGGGAGAAGAUGUCGGUAGAGAUUUCAUUUACUAACCCACUACCACAGGUGCUGAAAGCAGUGAUAUUCCACGUGGAAGGACUGGGUCUUCUAACUGCUAGAAAGAUUAAUUAUGGAGAUAUUGGCAGUCAUGCGUCCGUGUCUCUGACUGAGCACUUCGUCCCCACCCUGCCUGGACCGAGGAAAUUACUGGCAUCAUUGGACUGCAAGCAGCUCACACAGGUUCAUGGUGUGACCGACAUCACUGUGGAGGAAAAAAGCAACGGCGCUCUAUAGCAAUUCGAAAACAGAAGCAUUCUGACACUGAAUGUUGACAGUCAUUUCCUCCACUGACUAAUUAAUUUUAGUGAAGUCUUUUUACAUGUAAUUUAUAUGGAAAGCUAGUAUUUAAAUUCACAAAAGUAUGACACUACAGUGCUGCUUCAUUUUGCAUGAGAAUUCCAAAAUGACCAAUGACAACAGAGAGAAAACUAAUCAUGAAACAUAUAAGAACAAUGUGGUGUUCAUGGGAUUUCACCUCAGAAUAGACAGAACCUUUCAUAUUCUAUGAAAACCAUUAUUAGCUUACAUCAAACUUAACAGGGAGUAUCUUGUCACAAGAUUCUACAAUAAACAGGUGUAUAGUGUUUCCCACAGGAUUUUUAUGAGACUGUGCUGGGUGGACCUCAGACCCUAUAGGGAGGUCUGGGGGCAUGCUCCUCCUGAAGAAAAUUUUAAAGUUAAAUGCAUCAAUCUGGUGCACUUUGAGAGCAGAAUUAAGAGUUUUGUACUCUAGUAAACAAUUUAAUCAUAAACACAUUCAGGGUUUUCCCUAGGUUUCUGGAGGGCUUAGGUGCUGUGGUUGCAGUGGGUGCGUCGUGUGGUUGUGGGGUUUAGGGGUCCUCCCAAGACAAUUUGAUGUUAUUUGAAAACUAUGCAUUUUCACAUAAUUUUAGACAACUAUCAUUACAAUAUUUAUAAAAAACACACAGGUUGUAGUUUUUCACAUUACACUCAGAAUAAAAGUGAAACAAAUAUGCUCACUGAUAAAGUAAGUGUAAUGGUAAAUGGACUGUACUUGUAUAGCACCUUUCUAGUCUUCUGACUACUCAAAGCUCUUCACACUACAUAUCACAUUCAUACACUGAUGACAGGUGUCAACUGCUCAUCAGUUGAAAGAAGCAUUCACACACACACACUGAAGGCACAGCCCUCGGGAGCAAUCUUGCCCAAGGACACUUCGACAUGUGUGCUGGGAGGAAGCUGGGUCGAACCGCCAACCUUCCGAUUGACGACCUGCUCUACCACUAAGCCACAGCCGCUCAUGUCCUGAAGUAAUUCUUCACAUUUUUGUGAGUGAUCACACUGUGCAGCAUAAAAAAUUAUAAUCACAAAAUAACAUUGGUUAAACAAGGCUUAUAGUGAAGGGAUUUGAACUGUGAUUUGCUCAUCCCCCUAAAGUCAGGGUGGAGCCAUUAACCAACUGAAGGGGUGGGUAUGGAUUGUAUCUUUAUCUUAUCCAUACUCUUAUCUGCUCUGCUGUCCGCUCUGUGCGUUUGUGUGUGUGUGUGUGUGUGUCUGUGUGUGUGUGUGUGUGUGUGUGUGUAUGAGCGUGGCACAUAUAGCAGUGACUGACUGGGAGUGAGAGAUGCUUUGCUGAAGCAACGGCACAAAACACAACAUUACAGAUCUUAUUAUGAGAAGUGUAAAAAUAUUUUCGGUUCAUUAUGAAACUGUGGAGGGACAAAUUAGGCUGUCUAAUAAGGCUAAUUAAUGGGAAACAUUGGAAGGGAUUUCUGUUCCUGAGUCCCACAGUAGUUGCAGAGGUUGGACAGUGCAGCUUAUAUGAAAGAAGUGUACUUUUGUAAAGACAGGCUUACAGUGACAUUAUGUUUUGUAUUUAGCUUAUAAAUACGAUAUAUUUAUUUUC